AUGUCAUAUGCGGAAUCGUUGCGAAUGUUAAAAACGGCUUAUAGUGAAUCUAUUCUAUCGAAAACUCAAGUCAAAGCUUUUAAGGAUGGUCGAGAAACCGUCGAAGACAUGCCUCGUUCCGGUCGUCCUUCGACGUGUACCACUGACGCUAACAUCAAAAAAGUGAACGAAAUCGUGCUUGAAAAUCGUCACGCGAGUGUUAGAGAGAUAGCACGUAAGCUAAAUAUCGGCUGUGCAGCAGCUUGUUUGAUUUUGACCGAUAAUUUGGGCAUUAGACGCGUCAACGCUCGGCUUGCUUAA